AUGCUAGCACCGCACGCGAAGAAGCACGCCGACAAGGUGCAUGCGCAUAGAGCGGAGGAACCAAAAAACAGCACCCCGAUCACUCUCCACGAUGCUCCGAAGAAAGUAUGGACGACGCUCAUUACGAACACCAAAUAUCUCUCGGGACUCCUCACCCUCGAUUACUCCCUGAAGAAGGUUGGCUCGAAGUAUCCCCUCGUGGCACUAUACACCGACACGUUUCCUCCUGAAGGACUCCAUGCCCUAGAAGCGCGAAACAUCCCGAUCAAACGAAUCCCCUACUUACUACCCUGGGUGCCGAAGGACUAUGCCAAUGACCCUAGGUUCUAUGAUUGUUGGAGCAAGCUCACCCCUUUCAGCCUCGUAGAAUACAGCCGGGUCGUGCAAUUAGACAGUGACAUGUUGGUGUUGAAGAACAUGGAUGAGCUGAUGGAGUUAGAAUUGGAUGAGCCUGGGUUGAACGGUGAAGGGAAUCGAGUAUAUGCAGCCGGUCAUGCAUGUGCAUGUAAUCCCUUGAAAAAACCUCAUUAUCCUCAGCAUUGGAUACCAGAAAACUGUGGGUUCACAUUCCAGCAUAAUACUCCUGAGGACGCUCAGGUCAAUGGGCCACCUCCAACUGCCGGCAUAGGGUGCCCCAACGGAGGUCUGGUUGUUUGCAAUCCCAGUCAAGGCAUAUAUGAUAAGAUUCUCGAGACGAUGAAGAACGGUGAUUUGACUUCAAGCUACGACUUUGCUGAUCAGAGCUUACUUGGAGAACGUUUCUAUGGACGCUGGAUUGGGCUGCCUUACAUUUACAACGCCUUGAAAACGCUGAGAUGGAAAGGCGUUCAUGAUGCAAUAUGGCGGGACGAUCUGGUCAAGAACAUUCAUUACAUAUUAAGUCCAAAGCCCUGGGAUGAGAAACCCGAGGAAAGUAAGGAUGAAACGCAUAAGUGGUGGCAGACAACGAACAACGAGAGACUGGAGUUCGAGAAAGCCAAUGGUAUUCGAGAUGGAUUUUGA